GGAGAGAUGCCACAGUGCGAGCUCUCCGGCAACCCGCGGCCAUUUCUUGUGCUGUAUUUAUCAUCUCCACGCAACUCAUCUCUCUUUCUCUUCUUCACAUACAAAACAUACACCCAUCCACAAAACACAUACAUCACAAUGGUCAAGGUUGGAAUUAACGGUUUCGGACGAAUUGGUCGAAUUGUUCUCAGGUGUGUCGAAACGUAGUCCGCCCUCAUUGUUCGCCUCUAAAGCCCUUCGUAGGAACGCCAUCGAGCACGGUGACCUCGAGGUUGUCGCUGUCAACGAGUACGCACUUUUUUGAUUGCCGCACCACCCACAAGCUUAUCUUUCCCACAGCCCCUUCAUCGACCUCGCGUACAUGGUCUACAUGUUCAAGUACGACUCUGUGAGUACCUACGCGGCCAUCCACGCGCAUGCCUAACGUCCCACAGACCCACGGUCGAUUCAAGGGUACCGUCGAGACCAAGGAGGGCAAGCUCUACAUUAACGGCAAGGCCAUCACCGUCUUUGGCGAGCGAGACCCCGCCAACAUCAAGUGGGCCGACGCCGGUGCCGAGUACAUUGUCGAGGCUACUGGUGUCUUCACCACCUCUGAGGCCGCCGGUGUCCACCUCAAGGGUGGCGCCAAGAAGGUCGUCAUCUCUGCCCCCUCUGCCGACGCCCCUAUGUUUGUCUGCGGUGUCAACCUCGAGGCUUACAAGCCCGAGUACAAGAUCAUCUCCAACGCUUCCUGCACUACCAACUGCCUUGCUCCCCUCGCCAAGGUCAUCAACGACAACUUCACCAUCGUUGAGGGUCUCAUGACCACCGUCCACGCUACCACCGCCACCCAGAAGACCGUCGACGGUCCUUCCCACAAGGACUGGCGAGGUGGUCGAGGCGCUGCCGCCAACAUCAUCCCCUCUUCUACCGGUGCCGCCAAGGCUGUUGGCAAGGUCAUCCCUUCCCUCAACGGCAAGCUUACCGGUAUGGCUUUCCGAGUCCCCACCGCCGAUGUUUCUGUCGUCGACCUCGUCUGCCGAAUUGAGAAGGGUGCUUCUUACGCCGACAUCAAGGCCGUCAUCAAGAAGGCCUCUGAGUCCCCCGAGCUCAAGGGUAUCCUUGGUUACACCGAGGACCAGGUCGUCUCCACCGACUUUGUUGGCUCUCUCGAGUCUUCCAUCUUUGACGCCCAGGCCGGUAUCGCCCUCAACGACAACUUUGUCAAGCUCGUCUCUUGGUACGACAACGAGUACGGUUACUCUCGACGAGUCUGUGACCUUAUCGCGUACAUUGCCAAGGUCGACGCCAAGGCUCAGUAAUUUGGUCUUUUGCUUGUAGUCGCUGGAUCAUUGUGAUAAUAAAGAUGAAAGAGUAGCGGAAGAAGUAGAAUGCAAUCAUGUGUGAUUUGUCAGGCAUGGUUGAUGGCUCAAUGUUGCAUGGCUUGCGCAGUGUACAUCCUCACCACGGCGCAGUCAAGGCCGGUGGUGUUGGCACUUUGGAGUCAAUAUGGGCAGGUCCAGAGAGAUCAGGGUGUGGCUUUCAGCUGGUGAGGACUCGACUCUGGCCCAGCGUCGCCCCACAACCUGCAUAACCGAGUCGUUCGACUCGAAGUCCGAUGUGUUCGGUCGAUUCGG